GAGGUGCGCGGUGAUUGGCUGAGCGGGCGAUGGGAGUCCAGAGGCUGGCAUUUCAACUCUCUGUUCAAAGCCGCCGUGUUGGUGUUUACAGCCUGACUGUCCGCGGUCCACAGAAGACAGGACACCUUCAGAGGAGGAUGGCGAGGCACAGAUAACAGCUGUUGGCGCGAGCGGAGACUGUCAAGCCUAGGCGACAUAUCGAAGGGCAGUCUGUCUUAUUUCCUCUUCGAAAGUGAGCUGCGUGGUCUGCUUGGUCGAGUCGAAAUGCAGAGAAUAGUCUGACUGUCGUGAAGUUUUGAAGCUGUCGAACUUCACAUGUGAGAAACUGCUGAGCGGCUUCGUGAAGUUCGCCUCGCUGAGCGUGUGACUCGCUGCUGUUUUCCUCACAGCGGAACUUCUCACCUGACUGUUUUUGCUCUGCCCGUUGGUGAAAAGUUGGUGGAGACAGACCAUUUUGUAGCCACGGAAGCGCGUUUAUCUAAGGAGAACAUCACGCCCUCCGCACUGAGCCGCCUACAGAAUUGUGUGGAAAGGUGUCUUCGUUGGCGACUUCAUCGAGAGCACCCGGGACGUUUGGCAGCAGCGUAACCGAGAAAGAUGCUCUCUGUGCGGAUACGGCGCGAACAAGCUCCCGCUCCUGUGCUGGCUCUCCUUUUCAUUUGUGGAACCUUCAUGACCAGCGCAGAUGGCAGUGAUUACAGUGAGGUUCUACCAGACUCCUUCCCAUCUGCACCAGCCGAACCUCUGCCAGAGUUUCAGAGUGAGCCAGAGGACGCCUUCAUUGUAAAAAACAGACCAGUAAAACUCUCCUGCAAGGCUGCUCCCGCCACCCAGAUUUACUUUAAAUGUAAUGGCGAGUGGGUUAAUCAGAAUGACCAUGUAACCAAGGAGAGCCUGGACCAGAUCACAGGUCUGGUGGUGCGUGAGGUGGACAUCUCUGUGUCCAGGACACAGGUUGAGGAGUUAUUUGGGUUAGAGGAUUACUGGUGCCAGUGUGUGGCCUGGAGCUCUGCGGGCACCACCAAGAGUCGCCGUGCAUACGUUCGCAUCGCAUACCUGCGGAAGAACUUUGAGCAGGAGCCGCUCGGCAGGGAGGUGCGUCUGGAACAGGAAGUCCUGCUGCAGUGCCGCCCACCAGAGGGCAUCCCACCUGCUGAGGUGGAAUGGCUAAAGAAUGAGGAGCUCAUUGAUCCUGCACAAGACUCAAACUUCCUCAUGACAGUUGACCAUGACCUCAUCAUAAAGCAGGCUCGCCUCUCCGACACGGCGAACUAUACCUGUGUGGCCAAAAAUGUAGUUGCCAAGCGACGCAGCAGCACUGCUACACUCAUCGUCUAUGUGAGUGGUGGCUGGUCAUCCUGGACAGAGUGGUCAGAGUGCAAUGCUCGUUGUGGGCAUGGCUGGCAGCGACGGACACGUAGUUGCACCAAUCCAGCGCCGCUCAAUGGAGGCGCUUUUUGUGAGGGUCCGCCCUUUCAAAGAGUCACCUGCACCACCCUCUGUCCAGUGGAUGGAGGCUGGACGGAGUGGGCAAAGUGGUCUGCAUGUGGUACAGAAUGCACACACUGGCGAAGCCGUGAGUGCCAGGCGCCCCCACCACGCAACGGAGGACGCCACUGCAGUGGCAGCAUGAUGGAGAGCAAGAACUGCACAGAGGGACUGUGUGCCCGCAAUAAAAAGAUUUCUCUUGAACAUACGACCCAUCCUCUGGACUCUGGUGCAGGAGUGGCAGUGUAUGCAGGGCUGGUGGGGGCUCUGUUGUUGUGUGUUAUCCUUGUGCUGUGUGUGGGCAUCCUGGCCUACCGCCGCAGCUGUCGCCAUUUCCGCGGUGAUAUCACUGACUCCUCAUCUGCCCUGACCGCAGCCUUCCACCCUGGCAACUACAAACCACCAAGACAAGAUAACCCGCAUCUGCUGCAUCCCUCAGCUCCCCCUGACCUGACGGCCAGCGCUGGGACGUUCCGUGGGCCACUCUUCUCCUCUCUGCAGCAGAGCACACUGGACUCCCACCACAAGAUCCCCAUGACCACCUCCCCCCUGUUAGACCCCCUGCCUGGCUUGAAGAUAAAGGUGUAUGACUCUUCCACCAUGUCCUCCGUGGAGUUGCCCGCUGGCCUAGGCUCCUCUGAUGGAGACAUCAUGAGUUUAAAGACGGUGGGCAGUGGACCCCGGGACACACUUGGACGUACUCUACCAGGAGAGCCGGGAAACAGCACUAGUGCCACGCUUGGCUGCCUUGGGGGGCGCCUUGCCAUCCCUAACACAGGUGUGAGCUUACUGGUGCCUCCAGGAACCAUUCCUCAGGGAAAGUUCUAUGAGAUGUAUCUCAUCAUUAACAAAUGGGAGAAAACCACGUUACCAUCUGAGGGUGGUCAGACAGUGCUGAGUCCAGUGGUGAGCUGUGGGCCCUCAGGCAUGCUGUUGAGCCGGCCAGUCAUUCUUACUCUACCCCACUGCGCCCAGCUGGAGCCCCCUGACUGGAGCCUCACCCUAAAGACUCAGACCAACCAAGGAGCCUGGGAGGAGGUGCUGACAGUGGGAGAGGAGAGUCUGUCGUCACCAUGCUACCUGCAAGUGGAGGAGCAGAGCUGUCACAUUCUGAUGGAACAGUUGGGCACCUAUGGGCUAGUGGGUCAGUCAGUUCCGCCUCAGCCCGCCUGCAAGAGGCUGCAGCUCGCACUGUUUGCCCCUCGAGCCCCCUGCCUCUCACUGGACUACAGCCUGAGAGUCUACUGCAUACAUGACACUCCACAUGCCCUGAAGGAAGUGUUAGAAUUGGAGCGAAGUCUUGGCGGAGUGUUGCUAGAAGAUCCCAAGCCGCUCCUCUUUAAGGACAGUUACCAUAACCUGCGGCUGUCAAUCCAUGACAUUCCACACUCUCACUGGAGGAGCAAACUUCUUGCCAAGUAUCAGGAGAUCCCAUUCUACCAUAUCUGGAGUGGGAACCAACGGCCCCUGCACUGCACCUUCAGUCUGGAGAGAGGCAGCCUGGCCGUGUCUCAGCUUAGCUGCAAAAUCUGUGUCAGACAGGUGGAGGGAGAGGGGCAGAUAUUCCAGCUGCACACUGACAUCCAGGAGACAUUGCCCCCCCAUUCGCCAUUGCCUGCAGGAGGGACAUGCCUGCCCUCCUCACAAGUAGGCCCUUAUGCCUUCCGCCUGCCAGCCUCCAUUCGCCAAAAGAUAUGUGCCAGUCUGGAUGCCCCCAGCGCCCGUGGCUGUGACUGGAGACUGCUUGCACACAGCUUAGGCUUUGACAGGUACCUGAACUACUUUGCAACUAAACCCAGCCCCACAGGUGUGCUGCUCGACCUGUGGGAAGCCUGUCACCAGGGUGACGCAGACCUGGUCUCCCUGGCGACCGCUCUUGAAGAGAUGGGCAAGAGUGAGGUCUUAGUUGUCAUGACAACAGAUGGGGAUUGCUGAUUUGGUAAUCAGAAAGCAUGAGAAGCAGAGAAAUUUGUCACCAU